AUGAAAAUUUUUAGUUCAUUAUUAAUAUUCCUUUUUAAGAUGAAUAAUAUCUUUUAGAAUAUCAAAUAGCUGUAAUUUAUAAUUUUGAACUCAUUAAAAAAAUUACAAUCAGAAUACUUUUAAUACUAAUUUCAAGUAUUUGAUUACAUUUAAGAAUUACAAAAGGAAAAUAAAUUAAUUUAAAAUUUUUGGCAUAGUUUACAAAUGAGAUUAUACCCAGUAAAGAUGAUUUAUAGUUAACUGUUAAUUAACCACCUGAGUGAAUAAAUAGUAGAAGCAUUAAAACUUUAAAAAAUAAUUACAAUAUUUGAUUUUUCUGACACAGCUCCAUUUACAUAUUUAUUGAGAUAUUUUCUUAAAAAUUAACAUUGA